UGUACUUUUCAUUAUUGAAAAUGAGGAAUUCUGCUGGUUCAGUAGUUUUUUUAUGUUUGGGUCUUAUUGCUGCAUUCUCCCUAGGGUUGAGUUCAGCCCAAAACUGUGGAUGUGCUGCCCGCGGGUUGUGUUGCAGCAAGUUUGGGUAUUGCGGCACUGGAAACGACUACUGCGGCGAAGGAUGCCGAGAAGGGCCGUGCUACGGCAGCUCCGCUAACUGUGGGUGUGCAGCCCGCGGGUUGUGUUGCAGCAGGUAUGGGUAUUGCGGUACUGGAAACGACUACUGCGGCGAAGGGUGUAGAGAAGGGCCGUGCUACUCCUCCCCUGGAGGCGGCGGAGGCGGAAGCGGAAGCGGAAGCGGGUCGGUGUCUAACAUCGUGUCAGAUUCGUUUUUCAACGGAAUUGCCAAUCAAGCGGGUCCGAGCUGCGAAGGAAAGGGGUUUUACACGCGAAACUCAUUUCUUGAAGCCGCCAAGUCCUACCCCAAGUUCGGAACCACUGGGAGCACCGAUGACAUUAAGCGGGAAAUAGCUGCGUUUUUCGCCCACAUAACUCAUGAAACUGGACAUUUGUGCUACAUAAGGGAGAUCAACGGUGCAUCCAGAAACUACUGUGACCCCAACAACAGACAGUACCCCUGUGCACCCGGAAAGAUGUACUACGGUCGUGGACCUAUCCAACUAUCCUGGAAUUACAAUUACGGUGCCGCCGGUCAAAGCAUCGGUUUCGAUGGCCUAAACAACCCAGAUAUUGUUGCAACCAACCCUAUUAUUUCCUUCAAGACCGCCCUAUGGUUUUGGAUGAACAAUUGUCAUUCUUGCCUCCUGUCGGGUCAGGGUUUCGGCUGCACCAUUCGAGCUAUUAACGGCCCGCUUGAGUGCAAUGGCGCUAAUCCUGACACGGUUACCAAGAGGGUUAAUUAUUACACCAAGUAUUGCCAGCAGCUUGGUGUUAAUCCUGGGAAUAAUCUCAGAUGCUAGAUAUAUACUUAAAUAUUACACUCUGCCA